AUGAACGAUUUCAACAAGGUACUGACAGUUGUUUUCAUAUUGAAUUGGUUACUUUUUAUUGCAUUUUGGAGGAGUUAUGCCCCUAAUCCACAAGAAAGUUAUAACUUGGGUGUUGCCGAUAAUGAGGGGGUUGAAGUACCAUCUGCACCAUUUUAUGCCAAAACUGAAGUAAUUAGUCCAGAGAAAGUGGACGAAAGAAAAGAAAGUUCUGUAAUUGUGAAAGGAGCUUCGGGAUACAAGUGUAUUUUGCCACCAACCGAAACUAACAAGCAAUUUUUCGCUGUUGGUGAGAAUUAUUAUAGUGGCAGUUCGGAAAUGUUGAAAUUUAUUUGUGAAUAUUUAAAGAGACGAAACUUGGUGCAAGAAAUUAUUCCAAAAUCAAGAAAGAUGAUGAAGAGAUUAAUAUACGAAACUCAUUUGAUGGAAAUGGUGGGAUUGAGAGAUGCAGUGAUGAAAAGAUAUGCCAAUUCCUUGAUUGAUAAUCAGAUAUAUUUUGGUGGACCACAAAUCAAGAAAAAUAGACGAUUUGUUAUUCGAAUCGGAUUAAUUCGAAAGGCAAUUAUCGAAUAUUGCAAAAGAAAACCGCCUUCUUUCAUCAACAAUUUGGAUACACCACUCAGGGCUGCCUUAUUUAAUAUUCGAAAUGAAUUAAGAGGGGAUGCACUUUUUCUAUUUAUCAAUUUACACGAUCAACAGAUAUUGAGAGAAAUUUCUAGAGAAAUUGUUUCGAAUCUGCCACAAUAUCUUUCUAAUAUUGGAAAUUCUUCAGAUCUUUCAAAAAUGAUGAAGGAGAAAUUAGCAGAAACAGUUUACAAAAUGUUACAACGAUAUGGAAACAAAGAAAUUAGUACUACAAUCUCUCUUGAACUGGUAGCCUCAGUAUUAUCAGAAAACAAAAAACUUUUCAAUAACUAUGAAAAUUGUUUCACCAAUCAUUCAACCAGACCAAUGCUUGGAUGUUUUGGAUUUAUCAAGAACAUGCCAAAACCACUUUACAAUGCAAUGAUUAAGAAAUUAUUUGAGAGAAGUGGUGAAAUCCGGAUCCUUUGCCACAAUCACCAAAUAAGUGCAAACGCGAAAGAAAAGUUUGAAAAAAUGUUUUCAUUAAGAUUGGAUCGAUUUCUGAAGAAAUUGUAA